UAUUUGAAUAUCUGGCUUAGAGACAGCUGCCAUUGCGAACUAUGCUACCAUUCAUUGACCAAGCAACGAUUGCUCGACACCUUUGCAAUUCCAAUAGAAGUUAAGCCCAAGCGGGUCUCAAUAAUCGACAAUGUUGAUCUUAAGAUUAUCUGGGACGAUGACCAUGUCUCUCUUUACACCUCAAAUUUUUUGAUAUCCAAUUCUUUUUCUCUAGCAGAUUCAAAUCCCUCUGCCAAAAUCUCAAAUGAAGAUCGAGUUCUUGAGAAACGAAUCUAUUGGAAUAAAAGCAAAAUUCUAAAUGAGUUUCCUGAGGUUGACUAUAACGACAUCUUUAGCUCCUCUGAAUCAAAAUCUCACCUUGCAAUCGAUGACUGGAUCAUGAAAACUUUCAUUUACGGGUUUUGCUUUGUCAACAACGUUCCAGUCAAUCCCGUCGACACCGAAAAGCUAAUUCUCAAGUUUUCGUUCAUCAGAGAAACCCACUAUGGAAAAUUCUGGGACUUUACUGCAAAUUUGAAAAUCAACGACACUGCCUACACAAAUCUAGAGAUUCCCUUGCACACUGAUGGAACCUACUUUUCUGAGUCUCCUGGCUUGCAAGUCUUCCAUCUUCUAAAACACAUCAAUGGUUCUGGAGGCGAAACUAAUUUAGUGGAUGGGUUUCAUUGCGCUGAUGUAUUGAAAAAGAAUCAUCCAGUCUACUUCAAAUUUCUAUCGGUUUUUAAAAUACCCUUUCAUUCGGUCGGCGACGAGAAUAACUUCAUUCAACCUGAUACUUUCAAAUCUAUAUUUGAAGUUAACUCUGUCAACAAUUCAGUCACAAAUCCCAGAUCUACUACCCCAGAUAUCAACCACCGAAAUGAAGUCAUCCAAGUUCGCUGGAAUAACUCUGACAGAUCGCUUUUAAACUUAAACUUGAAUUACUCUGGAGAUUAUCUAAACCACAUCAAGUCUCAGUUCGGCUUGUCUUCAAACUUGGAAAUCAUAGAUCUCUUCUAUAAAGCAAUUUACAAAUGGAACGAAAUCAUCCAAGACGACUCAAACAACAUUCGCCUUCAACUCCAACCAACCAAAGUCCUCUUCUUUGACAACUGGCGAGUCUUCCACUCCAGAACCAAAUUCGAUGGCGAAAGAAGGUUGUGUGGUGCGUAUCUCAACAGGGACGAUUUCUUUUCAAAGGUAAAGUUGAUUUCUAUCAACAGAAAACAGUUGUUGAAAGAAUUGUAA